GAUCCAGCAUAGCAGAGUGGCGCAUGAGUCAGCGGAAUAAACACGGGAGAAGCGAUAGCGGAAUCGAGUGGCUGCGAUCAGCUGAUGCAAGCGUCAUACAGGUUCUCCGACGACGUUGUCCUUCAGUUUCACAAAGGUCAAGAAUACUGUAUCAAUGACACGGAAAAGGAGUGACUGUGUUGCUAGUGGUUACCGUGAAAAUUCCCUCAUGACGCAACUUGAUUGUGUGAUAAGAUCAUCCGAAGGCGUAUUCAUUAACACGAUGCCUCCUAUAAAGACGUUAGUGACGGUUAAGGUGCAGCCGAAAUAUGUCGGAAAGUGAUGGCAAGAUUUACAUCAAAUUUUGAUUAUUGAAACAGCACAGACUUGAAAGAUAAUGGAAACCAAAAAGGGAAUACCCAGUAAGAACGCCAAAGAGAAGAUGCUGCCACAGUCAGACAGCACAGCUUCUUUCGAUCCAGAUAUAGAGGACAUCAUCUUCAUUGAUGAAGACGCAGAGGACGCACAUGGCGGUUUUGAAGACUACCUAGAAGAAAUCGGACAUGACGUAUUGCCAAGAUUUUUGGUGAAAUGCCCCAGUAUAGUGAGUCUUUUUGAAACGAAAGAGAAUGGGGAUUAUUUGAAAUCUUCUCCUGUCGCUUCAAAACCUACCACUUGUAAAGAUGUCAGUGAAGUCAGAGAUAAUAGCCCGAAAAAGGCAAUGGCUUCUGGUAGUCCUGAUGAUAAGCUGCCAAGACUGGACGAUUCUGACUAUCUGGACAGUGUGGAAAGUGCGUCAAGUGCCCAUGGACUUCUUGUAACUGCUGCUAGAAAACUGGCAAAUGGCCCUCCUGCUGUGAACCCAGUGAAUACGAUAGAGAAUACUACCAAGAAACCAGAGUUUGGCCCUUUGCCCAAAUCAAGAGAGGUGGAACUACAAGAUCACGUUGGUAAAACCGACCAAAACACAUUAGAAGCUUUAGAUCUACACAAUGAAAGCUACAAUCAGAAGUGCAUGGACAUCAAGCACCCUUCGUCCCCAACAAACAAAGUCCUUGCAAAUGUGGCCUUUGAGUUGACACGUAGCCGAUCCAGAUUCUCUGUGGAAAAAGUUCCCGAGGUCUCAGUCACCUCCUCUCCCACUUCUGAACUUAACAACGAAGAACGACACGUCACCUUCAACAGCACCAACGAGGUCUUUGAGUUGAUAAUGAGUCAACAGGACAUCGGCCAGAGUCAGGAGGUCAAAGAUACCAAGGACGAUCAGUCUUCCACCAACGAUGACAGUUUACACAGCACAUCCAGUACUCAGGGGCUCCUCGCACGUGCAGCGCGAACCUACCUCCGAAUCCGUGGAGAAAACGUUUAUGGUUACACAAACGAUGACAGUCUACAGAGCACAUCUAGUCAGCAGGGACUCCUCUCGCGCUAUGCACGUAAAAUUGCCUACGAUGCCAUGUAUGAGAAACCCCGUCCACGCGAAGCCAAGAAGUAUAUGAAGAACCUGAUUGCCUUGAGCUUGAGUUUUAUGUUCGUGUUUUCUUCUUUUACUUCCCUUCGUAAUCUUCAGAGCAGUCUGAACCCAACUGGUGGCCUUGGCCUCUUGUCCCUUAGUGUUAUGUAUGGUGUCUUUGUGCUGGCUUCUCUUACAGGAACUGCAGUUACACAGAUUCUAAGGCCUAAGAACACUCUCAUCCUUGGCAUGGCCCUGCAGGCCUGUUAUGUGACAGCCAAUUUUUAUCCAAGUCCGUUUCUGCUGGUUCCUGCCUCUGCCUUGGCGGGGUUUGCCAAUGCCACAAUGUGGAUUGCCCAAGGAACAUAUAUAGCCAGCAUUGCAUCCAGUUAUGCUACAGUGAUGAAGAAAAGGCCAUCAGAUGUCAUGAAUAAAUUUUAUGGUAUCUUUUUCAUGAUUUGGCAAAUGUCGAACAUUAUUGGGAAUUUGACUGCUUCUUUGGUGCUAAACUCACCAAACUAUGUAUCAAUGGCUGAACACUUGGAGGACAUUUACGGGAAUAACUCCAACCUCUCAGAGGUACCAUCUUUAAACUUGGAACCUAAAGCAUCAGGCACGCCUUACAUACCAGAUGUGUCCACCAACAGGAGUACAGCAAUCGUCAUGCUCUUCAACAGCACAUUUAAAGACACGUCUCCCUCGCUUUUAAAUACAUCCACAAACUUUUCUUCUUUGUCCCAUUCUCACUUGUCUCUCUGUGGCUCGGGCUACUGCCAUAGCAUGAAGCUUACUCACAAUUCAGGGGAGGAACUGCCUAAACACAUUAUCUACAUCCUCAUAGCAGUUUACCUCUUCUGCGUGUUGGCCGGCCUAGCCAUCACAGUGUGCUUUGUUGACCGAUUGAGGAAGAUAUUUCAGCGUAAGCCCAUCAGUGCCCGAGAACAACUCAAGGCUUUGGUGUCAACGGUGAAGGACCACAGGCAGCAGCUCCUGGUCUUUCUACAGUUUUACACUGGGAUUAGGGCUGCUUUCAUUGCUGGUGAUUUCACUAAGGCAUUCAUCACCUGUCCUUUGGGAAUGGAAAUGAUUGGUUACACAAUGAUCUGCUUUGGCGUGUGCAAUGCAGCCAGCGCCAUCACCAAUGGCCGUCUUGCCAAACACAUCAGCACACGCACUUUGUUGGGCACAGCAUCUUUGAUUGACUUGUGUCUUGGUGUGGUUCUGGCAACAUGGCAGCCGAUCCCAGAACAACAGGCAGUGCUGUUUGUUAUAACUGGCUUGUGGGGAGUGGCUGACGGGAUAUGGGCGACCCAACUGAGCAGUUUGGUUGGAACUCUGUUCAGCAACAACAAAGAACCAGCGUAUGCCAGUAUGAAGUUUUUCCAGGGUUUUGCUAUAGCACUUUCCUUUGGUUUUGCGCCCUAUAUAUGUAUGGCUGUCAAGACCUACAUCUACCUUGGAAUGCUAGUGGCUGGGAUGAUUAGUUACACUGUGCUAGAUGCAAAACUGAAACGAGAGAGUGAAAACGAGGGGAAAAGUUGAUCUCACUGCUGAUCGAUGCAAUUGCAAAAGAGAAGUGAUCCCAAAGUUUAAGGUUUCAUAUCUAUUCAGUGGGAAAAACGACCAAACUUUCAGAUACAUAAUUUAAUAAUCACAGAAAUUAUAUUUCUGUAUAGCAUGUCUUUUUACUG